GGGGAAUAUGCCUGAUGAUCAGGUAAAUCCGGGCUUGGAAUGACAAACUCUCUGACGCUGUUUGUCUCUUAGCUUGUUUUUCGUUUUUUCCCCUCCGCUUUGCCUCACCGUCGUGGGAGGAUUAGAGUCAGUGGAAGCGACGGUUACCCAGGUAUCAUGCCUUUGUCGUCCCCUGUGUCGUUCUCGUUCUCCCUCGUCUCGCGUCACCUCCCGCCGUCCAUUUCUGUGCCACGCAACACCGACACCGCAACACCACGAAUCCACGAAUCGGCAACCAUCCGCUGCCCUUCGGACGCAGGUCGUUAACGACGCUCGACUCUUCGGUUAAGAUUGACGACGUCAGCUUCGACUUCAGCGUCGGCUUCGUCGUCUUCCCACCGACAUCAUGGCUUCCCACAGUCGAAACUCGUCCGCCAACGACCACCGGCCUGCGCAACCGAGCUCCCUCCGCCAGGCCCUGUCCGCCCAGAACCGAUCCUACGACGACCGAAUAAACAAUGGCGGUGACAAUAACGCAGCGGGAGACUCCUUCUCCUCGCCUCCCUCCUCGCCUGGCCCAGCGUCCCGCACCGCCAUCCCCGGCAUGUUCGCCAGCGAGUCGACGCCCUUGAUCCAGGACCAGUCCGCCACUUCCCGCCGAACGAGCGUCCACCCGGGCCUCUGCCGUCACGGAACAUUCAGCCCGCGACCCACGAGCCCGUCCGUCACCAUGCGGAGCACCGACGAGGAGAGCAGUGAGACGGCCGGUUCCGGUACUCACAUUCCCGUCCUCGACAGUGCCAUCACCACCAUUGUCGGACAUGACGACUGGAAGCGGUGGCUGAAGAAGAGGAUCAGGACCAAGAAGAUGGGCCACAGCCGCAUGCUGGCAGAGCAGGCCGGCUUCAAAGAUACGACCUCGAUGUACUUGGCCUACUACAUUCCCUGCUUGACCUGGAUGAGCCAGUACAAGAUGUCGUACCUCCGCGGCGACAUGGUGGCCGCCAUCACCAUGGCCUCGUUCUAUCUCCCCAUGGCUCUCUCCCUCGCUGCCAACCUCGCCCACGUCCCCGCGAUCCACGGCCUCUACGCCUUCGCCUUCAAUCCUCUCGUAUAUGCACUGCUCGGUUCCUGCCCCCAAAUGGUGGUUGGUCCCGAGGCCGCGGGUUCGCUCCUGGUGGGCAGCGUCAUCAAGGCAAACGUCGACUCGGGCAACGACAAGGAGGCCAACGAUCUUGUACAUGCCCAGAUUUGCGGCAUCAUAACGGGCAUGGCUGGAGCGACGGUUCUGGUAGCUGGUUUGACACGGCUGGGAUUCCUGGAUAGCGUCCUGAGCCGACCUUUCCUGCGAGGCUUCAUCAGCGCCAUUGGCUUUGUCAUUGCUGUGGACCAGUUGAUUCCGGAACUGGGUCUCACCGACCUGGCUGACGAGGUUGGUGUCAGCCAUGGCAGCCCGGUCGAGAAAAUUCAGUUCAUGAUUCGCAAUGUCAAUCAGACUCAUGGGUUGACAUUUGCUAUCGCCGCCAUUAGUUUCCUCUUCAUCAUGGUCUUCCGUGAAUUGAAGAAGCGCCUGCAGCCCAGGUUCCCUGGAGUCGCCUAUAUCCCCGAUCGAUUCUUCGUGGUCUUAGUCUCCGCCAUAAUGUGCUGGCAACUUGACUGGGAAAAUCAAGGUGUCGAGAUCCUCGGCGAGGUCAAAGCAGCCAACGGCAACCUUUUUGCCGUCCAUUGGCCAUUCAAGCUAGAGAACAUGCCGCACAUCCGGACUGCCAUGUCAACGUCUUUCCUGAUUGCCCUACUAGGCUUCUUUGAGUCGUCCGUUGCAGCCAAGAGUCUUGGUUCUAGCGAGACGAUCCAGGGAAUCCAGCUCAGUGCCAACCGAGAGCUGAUUGCGCUUGGAGUCGCCAAUCUUGUCGGCGGAUGCUUCAUGAGUGUUCCUGCUUUUGGCGGUUAUGGUAGAAGUAAGGUGAACAAGAGUACUGGUGGCAAGAGUCCUAUGAGCUCAAUCUUCUUGAGUCUCAUUGCUCUUCUCUCCAUCUUGUUCCUUAUGCCCUACUUCUAUUACCUUCCCAAACCUGUUUUAUCAUCGAUGAUUUCUGUUGUGGCUUGGUCGCUGAUAGAGGAGGCGCCUCAUGACAUUGGAUUCUUCCUGCGCAUCCGGGGAUGGAGCGAGCUGGGUCUCAUGGCCAUGAUUUUCUUGGCCACCAUGUUCUACUCGCUGACUCUAGGCAUGGCGCUGGGCGUCGGACUGUCGAUUUUGCUUGUUAUUAAGCACAGCACCCGGCCGCGAAUCCAGAUUCUUGGUCGCAUCCCGGGGACGAACCGAUUCGAGAAUGCUGAGGGAGAAGACAACAGCCUCGAGUUUGUCGAGGGAUGCCUCAUUGUGAAGAUCCCCGAGCCUCUAACGUUUGCCAACACAGGAGAGCUCAAGUCGCGCUUGCGUCGGUUGGAACUGUACGGUACGUCGAAGGCUCACCCGGCGCUUCCGCGACUUCGCAGCCAGGACUCCAACCGCAACGUCAUCUUCGAUAUCCACGGUGUGAUUUCCAUGGACGGAUCAGGCACCCAGGUGCUCGAGGAAAUUGUUCGCAACUACCACGACCGUGACGUGCGCGUCUUCUUCUCGCGAGGACCGACGAGCCCGGACCACCCCGUGUGGCGGCUCAUGGUGAGCAGCGGCAUCGUGGCGCUGGCAGGCGGAGAGUCGCACUUUGUGAACGACGUCGAGGAGGCGUUGAGGCUGACGGAGUAUGAGGAGAGCCUGAGUGGAGAGCAGAGCCGACUGAGAGGUUAUUAGACGGCUCAACGAAGAGCGUAGACGAAGUGGAACGCGGGAUUAAGACGGUGGACUAGUGGGGGGUGCAUAAAAAUGGUGACGAGAAGAACACAUGGCAUGCUUGGCGUCAUGGUUCAUAUGCUGCAGAGUGGAGGAGAUACCAUACUGGGUUGCAUUGACAUGGCAUGGAGGGGCAUCGACAAGGGCGAGAGGGAGCCCGCUGGGGGACAAACUGCAUAAUCACGAAUAUAUCUAGAUACACAUGGAAGCAUGGCGCUUUUGGGCUUUUGAAAUAGAUCAGACAGUAUUAUCCUUAUCUUCGCGAUCCUUAUCUUUGUGAUAGCGGUGUUGGUCUUGGACAAUGCAAUGCAGAGUGAACGCCAUGGCUCAAACCUGCGCUCCCCCCAAGCGCUUACCAUGUAGGUGAUAGCUGCUAUGUAAAUAAGAA